AUCCAUCUUCUCUUUUUAUAUUACGCAUUAUUUCUCUGGAUUAAAAAAGGCUCGAUCCGCCUGUGAUCGGAGCAGUGUUUGUGUCAUUGUGUGUGCAAAGUGAUGGGAGCUCGACGCUUGUCGGUGCUCUGUCAUGCAGAAAAUAGCUGGAAGUCUUCAUCAGACUGGAAUCAACCUCCUGAACACAAUGGGUGACAUUGUUUGUGCCACUCCAGAUGUCACUAGUCUCUAGAUGAAAAAACACAAAGAGUCAAAAACAGCACAAGAGUCAAAAACAGUUUACUGGAUCAGGUGAUGGCACAGGUAGAGGAAUCGCAAACUGAAGGAGAGGGCAGCCCUCAGACGAUCUCCCGAAGAUCAGACGUGUCAGGGAAUCAUGUAGACGAUGGAGAAGUGGCACCCUCUAUAAGGAGGAAGAGGAGGAAGAAGAAAGACUUGCGUCCAGAGUCCAUCAUUGUCUACCGCUCUGAUGCGGAGCGAGGGCCCGGAGAGGACCAAAGCGGCGAGGAGGGAGCAGAGAGGAGCACUGAGGAAGGAGCUAAGUUCCUUUGCACGCCCACAAGCGACGGUGGUGGAUGGAACCUUCCUCCAGACAGCCGUUAUGUGACCUUGACAGGCACCAUCACCCGGGGCAAGAAGAAAGGUCAGGUGGUUGACAUACAUGUCACUCUGACAGAGAAAGAAAUCAGGGACUUGGCCAGGUCAAAAGAGCGUCUCGAUGCAGAGUGUGAAGCAGGAGAAGGCUCUAAAUGCACCUGCGGCUUAGGUGUGGGCGAGGGACCCCACAUUGUGCUGUGGAGCAUCUCCUGUGCCCCUUUGGUUUUUCUCCUCUCCUUCAUCACUUCCUUCUACUAUGGCACCCUUACCUGGUACAAUGUCUUUCUGGUGUAUAAUGAGGAACGGACGUUCUGGCACAAGAUUACAAUAUGCCCCUUCCUCAUCAUCUUCUACCCGAUGCUCAUCAUGCCCAUGGCGCUGUCUCUUGCUCUGUACUCGGCUGUGGUGCAGGUGUCCUGGGCUUUUAGUGAGUGGUGGCAGGUAGUUCGAGAUCUGGAGAAAGGCUUCUGUGGCUGGGCCUGUGGGAAGCUGGGACUGGAGGAUUGUUCGCCCUAUAGCAUAGUGGAGCUGCUCGACUCUGACACUGUUUCUGGGACACUUCAGAGCAAGGCUCACAGUGAACUCGCUCAGACAUCAUCAGUGUGAAGCAGGCUGAUGCCGAGGGCCAAGGCACAUAUUGGGCGUUGCUUCAAAGUGCUUUAAAUAAUUAAACUGAAUUUCAACAUGCAAGUUUGGUUCAGUAAUAGAUGCCACACAAGUGCCAGGACAUUCAUGUUAAUCGCAAAUAACGAUUAAAGACUAAAGGUUAACAGAUAGAUGAAAGUGGUAUCUUAAGCUUACGGAAAUUUUACUCUAAGCUCCCACAGACACACAUUUCUUGUUAUAAAAAAAGGAAAACGGGAAAUCAUAGAGGAGCUACUCCCUCUGUACUGCCUGAACUGUCCUAAAGAGAUACUACUACUACUGGGAGGUCUUUUUUUCUACUUCCAGGUUGAUAAGGUCAUCACAGCUCGCCUUAGAUGACCAAACAGCCGAGUCAAAACAAUUUGUUUAUAAAUAUAAAUCAUGAUUCAUACAGUGUUCAUUAACUGUCUGUGGAAACUCACGUUCUACUUCAUCUGUAAAUAUCUGUAUUUAAAUGUAUGUAGACACUGUGCACUGACAUCAAAAAACAUAUUAACCAAUGUCUUUCAUGCAAAGUUAUUGCGAUCGAUUCAUGAACUUAUGGCUGUAUAGCAAAUCUGACGAGCCACACAGUUUAUUUUCCUAUCGUCAACAAAAUCCACCCGAAGACUGAAGGUGUAAAACUUUCUUAAUGGGUAAUAAACAUUAGUGUAGGUCUUCCCUUAAUAGCUGGACACGUAAAUUAUCAUGACAUGUUUCAAGAGCUCAGUUUCAUAUUAAUAAUGUACAUUUCGCACUUUAGUGAUUUUCUUUUUUCAGAAACAGAGCUGUAACUGUAUGAAGUGAAGAAACAUGUCAGAGGAUUGAACUAUAUAUUAGUCUUGAUUGUUAGUGUCACUCUUUUUUUGUCUUUUUUUGGAUUUUGUCUUUUCAGAUGUUUGUUGACAAUAAGAAAAUAUAUAGAAUAGUUCCUAUUCUGUAUGAUAUCAUGUUUACAUGGUUCAUCCUCAAGUUCUUUGUGUUUCAUCUAAAACAGGGACCAGGAAGUAUUCUAACAUGUGAGUACUUGUUGGUUUUUGGGCCUUUAGGCUAAUUAUAAAUAAACUGCCAUGUCUCCGGUGCUAUGUGCUCUGUACUUGAUGGAGAACUUAAAAUUGAGUGCUUAAGGCACAGAGACUGGGAGGGAUGGAGGAAGCCAUAGUCAGCACAGUCUGACAAGACAACCACUUCUUUCAUGAGUUUAUCUUUUCUCAAAGUCAUCAAAUCAAAACAUAUGUUUGUGAUAUUAAACUAUUUGUGUUGUCUUCACAAUUUCGGAUCACACAGGUAAACUGAAGUUGUCUGUCUUUUCUACCUGAAAGUUCCUGUUACAUUUUUUGAUAAAGUCAAUAUUUUGAAUGUUGCUUUAAUUUAUUUUAAAUAUUUAAGUCUAGUUUCGGAAAUUCUUGUAGCAGUAGUUUUAUACCCUGGCACUUUGAAAUAAAAGUGUUACAGACAGUUAUUAUUGACUGACUGGUAAACACAGCAAAUUGAAUUAGAUGGUUUAAAUAUAUGUUGAUCUGGAUGUUAAUGGUUUGACCUGGUGGGGUGAAAGAUUUACAUUUACUUAUUUAUAGGUAAAAAAAAUUAAUCAGUGGUUGUGGUUUGUCUUCCACAUUGCAUGUCGUGAAUCCACAUGGUGCAGAGUAUGGAAUCACACCAAUGAAAUAAAGUGUUGAACAAUUA